AUGAAACGAGGGACGGCCCCUCUCCUCCUGCUGCUGCUAUCUCAGAGCUUUGAGAGCUCCGCUGCGUUCAACGCCUCUUUCCACGCUGUGCCGCUCGUCGACCUGGCCGGGAGCUUCGACUCGACCGCGAGCACCGUGCGCACCGCGCUCAGCACGUACGGCUUCUUCUACAUCACGAAUCACGGCGUCCCGCAGGAGCUCAUUGACCGGCAGUUUGAGCAGUCGCGGCUGCUUUUUGAGCAGCCCGCGGCCGUCAAGGCGGCCAUGCCGUUCAACGGGACGCUCGACAUCGGGUACCUCGGGUCGGGUGGCCAGGCGUUGGACGCGGAGGGCCGCGCGCGAGACACCAAGGAGGGGUUCAUGCUGACCAAUAACGGCUACGAGGGGGUGCUGCGUGCGUACACCGCCGCUCUGAGCCGGCUGAACCGCCGUCUCAAUCAGUUCCUCUUCGCUGCGGUCGGCCUCGGCGAGGCCGAGCGGCUCGAGCUGGCGCGCCAGCCGUUCCACGUGACCAAGCAGCUCAGAUACGUGCCUGCCGAGGGCUUUGUCGACGUGGACGCCGGCUCGCUGGGCGCCGGCGCGCACGCGGACUGGGGCAGCCUGACCAUCCUCGCGACGGACGGCCAGCCGGGGCUCGAGGUGGAGCACUCGGAGGCAGGCUGGCUGCCGGUGCCGCCUCGCGACGGCUGCCUCAUCGUCAACGCCGGCGACCAGGUCAAGCACUGGACGAACGGCGAGCUCAAGUCGGCGAACCACCGCGUCGUCGUCAAGUCGGCCCGCCCGCGCUUUUCCACCGCCUUCUUCGCCUACUUUGACCUGUGGGCAAGGCUGGAGGCGCUGCCGCAGUUUGUCUCGAGCGCGCGGCCGCCGAUGCGGCCGCCCGAGACGACUCUGGAGUUUUUUCACUUCAAACUGGGCGAGUCGGUCGGCAACGCACGAGAGAGGGGCGGCGCGCUGAAGGAGGAGACGUGA